AUGGCCCCCCUCGACAGAGACCACGACAGUCUCGAGCAGCAGCUCAAAGACAUCAUCCAGGACCUCUACCAGAUCAUGGUCCAGGUCUCGACGUACGACACGACCGGCCGCCCAACCCGCCAGGUGCUCUCCAACGAAACAAAGGCGCUCUCGCAGUCGCUGCAGUCGCUGCACGCGACGACGACGUCCCCGCACGCGAGGCUGCCCGCCGUGCCGCCCGAGCUGCUGGAGUACGUGGAGAACGGGCGCAACCCGGACAUCUACACGCGCGAGUUUGUCGAGCUCGUCCGCCGGGGCAACCAGCUCAUGCGGGGCAAGGCCCGCGCGUUUGGGGAGUUUCGCGACGCGCUGGCGCGGGAGGUGGCGGGCGCGAUGCCCGAGCUGCGGGGGGAUGUGGACCGGGUGCUGCGCGAGACGGGGGGGGGGCCGCUGGGAGGGGCGGACGGGGAGUAG